GUCCUCCCAGCACUCUCCCUGUGACUCUUCCCCAUCGAAGCAAUUUCUCUUGCCAAUGCUCGCAGUGUCCCUGGUGGGUUUGUGUGAUGGACAGCCGCGGGCGCUGACACCCCUGGCGACUGAAGCGCCGGGCGAGGCAUUGAGCCUAGACUUUAAAGGGAGGGCGGCUCGGACCACGAGCGCGCGGGGGUCGAGGAGUUCGUAUUGGAGGCAGCCUGAGCCCAGCGGGGUAGGGCUUUGGGAGAAGGAACUGCCUCUGGGGAAUCUUUGAGGUGACUUUUCAUUAUUUUUUUUUUGUCCUCCUCGCCUUCCCUUUGCACUUCCCCUCCCUGCAUCCCAGUUCUUCCUGGAGAUGAAAAAGCGGGACAGUCUCUGAGUCCUUGCAGUUUUGACCCAACGGGUCGCAUUUCUUUGGACAUUUUUUUUAAUUUUAAUUUUUUUUGCUUGUGGCUUUUUUUUUUUCCUCCGACUUCCGACACGUACAGAAGGCAGGCUCAGGCUGGAGACAUCGCAAAGCAAACACCAAGACUGAAGGAGGGACAGCCUGCUCCCCUGGGCUGCAGCUGGCUCCUGGGGCCCUCUCAGGAGAGGAGGCCAUUCCCCCGGGGCUCCGGCUCAGCACCCAAAGGAGGCCGAGGCAGAGCGCCGCGCUCGUAGCAGCCGCAAACUUUUGCACCUGCGCCCCGAGCGCCUCCCCAGCAUGUAAAGCCUUUUCUGCAUCCCCAGCUGUCGCGAGCACCGCCGCCGACUCCCGGGGACACGCGGCCACCCCUCAGGUUAGGCUCUGGGCGGCUGGAGCAGGGAUGAUGAUCUGGGACUGGAUGCUUCGCCCCCGCUGCUGCUGGCCCUCCCUGCUGCUGCACUGUGCGCUGCACCCGCUCUGGGGUUUCAUUCAGAUCACUCAAGGUGAACUCCAGAAGUCAUGUUCUAAGACCAUUGCAGAAAAAGGUACCGAUAGCUGCCAGCAGAUCUGUCAGUGUAGACGACCUCCUCCACUACCACCACCUCCACCUCCUCCUCCACCUCCCAGGCUGCUCUCUCUCACACCUCCCAAUUCUACCUCUUGCCCUGCUGAAGAAACCUGGUGGUCAGGCUUGGUCAUCAUCAUCGCAGUAUGCUGUGCCACACUCGUGUUUCUGGUUGUCAUUGUCAUCAUUUGUUACAAAGCCAUAAAAAGGAAACCACUAAGAAAAGAGGAGAAUGGAACGAGUGGAACUGAGUAUGCAAUGACCUCCUCUCAAAACAACAAAACCUUGGAUGUAAAUAACGCAGUUGUGUAAUCCCUGCCAACUCCCAGACAGCCUGGCUGGAGUGAAGUCUCGUCAAAGCACACAGGGGUACAGGAAGAAGGGAGGGAGCACAGAUACAACAGGUGACAGCUUGAUGGGCCCAGGACUUAAUUUCCCAAUUCUUGCACACCUCAAGCAUUCAAAGAGAGAAACCCGACUGCUUUUCAGGACUUUGCUGAGCAUCUGAUGAAAAGGAUUUUGUCUGCCAGCCAGAGGCAGCUCAGAGAGGAGAAUUUAGAGUUGGAAAAGACCUUAGAGAUCAUCUAGUCCAACCCCCCUCAUUUUACAGAGGAGGAAAUUGAAGGUAGGGGCAGUUAAGUGACUUGCCCAAGGUCACAGAUCUAAGAAGGAGCAGCAGCAUUGGAAUUUGAACCCAGAUUCUUUUACUCCAGACACACUGCUUUUUCCUUCUCUGCUCAGAAUGAGGCAUGAUGACCACAUGCGACAUCUAUUGAGGAGGAAAAUGUCAGCAUGCCCAGAGCUUCGCUCUUGGCAUGAGUGCUGGUCUCAUUUUUGAUUGAUCCACAGUUCACAAAAGCUUCAGACAAAAGAGGACUUACUGGGUUUGGGGAUUUGGAAUGGGGAUUUUAUCUAUCCUACAUAUCUUUGCUGGUUAUAUCCCUCUGGCAAGUCAGCAGCACCCUCAACUUCCACUUAACUCUUUAAACACAUCCAUGAAUGUGUACUACUUGCCCCCAUCCUGCAUGCCCUCACAAGCAAGGCCGGGAAACCUAUCAGCAGUCUGGUGACUAUGCAAUUUCCAAUGACCCAAGGCUCCUCCAAUCAGGACAGGGUUCCUUCAAAUGUUGGUAUGACUGUGAGAAUUUUCAUUUUUUAAAAAGGUGCUUUCAACACAUUCCUCUUCAAGAGCCUCUAUCCUUUGUUUGGGUUUCUGUCUUACCUUCUUUCUUCCUGUCCCACAAAUACUUGAGUUCAUUGUUCCUCCAUGGCUCUCUAAGUUCAUACUUUAGGGAUCCAGAGCACAGCUAGUUCUUUAUAAAAAUGCCUGAUGAAGGAGGAAAAAAAGAACAAGAAGCUUGUUUACACUGGUGUGGGAUAAAGAGCUCUCUUCAUGGUCUUAGAUAAGGAAAGGAUGAGCCAGACCAGAAACCAAAGUUCCCUUUCCAUCCUUUGGAUGAGCUGAUGAAUAGAGGAAGGUUCCUUUUCCCCACCCAGUUGACAUUGUUGUUGUUGUUUUAUCCUUUGCAUAUUUUCUCAACUCACCAAGAGCUGAAUAGACCUAGCCUGUAGUAAGUGUUCAUGGGAACAACAGGCAAAUGAUCAUGAGCUCAGCUCUCUGCCUGGCUGCUUUUGGAGGUUGCCUAUUGUGCCAAAUUCUGCAUGGGAACUUUUUGUCAUACUUAUGGUGGCAUAGACCGCACUUUCCAUAAAGCCGCCAAACCUAUUUCACUGAGUACCUAAGGUACCAAGGUUCUAAGGUAUUGAGUCACCCACUCUCUAAAAGACAAACAACUAGACCUUUUCCCCAUUACUAGAGGUCUUCAUAUGGAAGCUGGGUGACCACUUGAGGAUGUUGUUGGGGAGACUUGUGAUUUAGCUAUGGGUUGAAGCAGAUGAUCUCUAAACCCUGUCUAACUCCAGGAGUCCAGGAUUGUGAGACUGACCACCUUGUCUUGUCUUCCUCCCCCAGAAAGCUGGGCAUUUCUGUUUCCAUACUUUGGUCUCAAGCCAACCAUAGCAACCCCAUUACUGAAAAUAAUUGUCCAUUGGAAUUAACAUAUGUCAGUAAACUAAGAUACAUUGCUAUACAUUCUAUUUCACAUUACGUAAUGUGUUCAUUUAAAUUUGCUGCCCAUUAGAUUAUAAGUUCUUUAGGGCAAGAGACUUCCACAUGGAGCUGAGAGUCAAAAAAUCUUUCAUUCAAUUAACAUUUAUUCAUCAGUCUUGGGUUGUUUUUUAAGCAUUUAAAGAAUUUCCUUCAGCACCCACCACCAUACCCUUCAUAUGGUGGGCAUCGACUAAUAUGAAACCAAUCAUCUUAAUGUGUAUUCAAGGUAAUCAUGACAGGGUUAGAAUUUAGCCAUGUUCACCCAAAUUAAACGUCACUCCAAUUCCUUCUGAUUGGGAGCCUCUAUCCUUCUGAAUAAUCUUUUCACUCUUAAAUACUCCAGGUUCUUAUAUGAUCAGACCCACACUUAUGAAAAAAAAAUGACAUUUUUGUAUCUAAGUAGUACUGACUGUUAAUUAAUACCGAUCACCAUUUGGACUGGCCUUUCCAAAGUAUAACAUGCUCCUCUGAAUGAAAUCAUCAUAUUUCUUUCAGAAGUUUCCUGUAAGGAUAAAAAAAGACAAGUUUUAUAGGGAGGGGGGCAAGAGGCCUCUCAUCUGAAGCAUGUGUUAUCAGCCUUAUAACACAAUAAAUUAUGGCUCGUGAGACUAGAGAAAGUGGAUGGAAGCGUCAAACAGAAUCUAAACUUUGGAUUACCUCCUAUUACAUUCAGUUAUGGUUCUAUAUUAACUUUUCCCCUUAAUAUGGCACAGUUUAAGUGAGCACAGUCUCCUCUAAUUCACCAAGAGCCAUCAAAUAGACCUCAUUUUGAAGCCCAAAUAAUAAAUGAAGCCAACUGAUUAUGAGACACUUCCCAUUCCCAUCUACCCAGUUAAGAUCUAUUUUCUGGAGUGUCCGAAUGGAAGAAGAGGCAAGGGAUUAUAAGGAGAGAAGACUGAACUUGGAGUCAGAAAGCCUGGGUUUUCUCUAUUUACUUUCUGCAUGAUCUUGGGCAAGUCAUCUAAUAUUCCUGGGCCUCAGUUCCCUCAUCUGUAGAAUGAAAGUGUUUGAUUGAAUGCCAUCUUUAGAGUUGUAAUCUAUGAAUAUAAUUUUCAAAUAGAAAGGGACUUUAGAGGCCAAAUGCCAGUCAUGUCCCCACUUCACAAAGGAGAAAACUCCUUUAUGAGUUAAGCCUGGGAAAGAUGAUUUGCCCAAAGUUACGUUGAGAGUAAGUGGCAGAGCUGGGAUUUAAAGCCAGGCCCUCUGACUCUGAAUCCAGUGAUCUUUACCAGGCAUUCGAAUGUUGGCCAUUCAUCUGAGACUGAGGUUUUAUGCAGCAAACCCAUAGUGAUUCCACUCUGCAUAAAAUCCUAGUACUUUGUCUAAAUGAAAAACAAUAAUAAAACACUGCACCAAGAGUCAGAAGACAUGGGGUCCAGUCCGGGUUUUGCCAGCUCCAUGACUUUAGGCAAAUGACUUACCCUCAGUUUUUUCACCUCAAAAUUUGGAUCAUCUCUCCUCUCCAUUCUAAUAUUCAGUGAGCUACUGAUCUGUGAGCUCUCAAAUCAUUUAAGGAAAUUACUGUCCCAGUACUGUAUAACAAUUAGAGCUUUCCAAAGAUCCUGGUCUUCAUCUUGGACUGCUUUAGGAAGUAAUGAGUUCCUCAUCCCUGGAAAUCUUUUCAUGGGAGAGGCUGUAGGUGUAAGAGGGGGUUUGGUUCUCAUUCCAGGCUGGGUUAAAACUUGAUAACCCCUGAAGUCCCUUCCAAGCCUGAGACUGUGAUAGCUCUGGUGACUCCAUUUUUUGAACGCUAAAUGUGCAUCAUGUGAUCUGAGAAAGGCUAUUCCUUAAGCAAAGCCUUGUUGAAAGUGUGUUUUUCCCAAAAUGCACUUGCUUUAUGAGCAGAAGGUAAAGCCUCUGUCUCAAAAUGGGUUGGUAGUCUCAUUUGUCUACCCAGUGCUCUCAGUGGCAAAGGUCAGUUUGAGAGCAAGAACUUGAGAAAAGGCUGGAAAGACCUGAGAACGCAGAUUAUUAUAUUUGAAAGGGCUCCAGACGUCAUUUAACACCUUCAUUUUACAGAUGAAGAAAUGAAGGUCCAGAGAAGAGAAUCAGUGCCCAAGGUUGCAGGUCAAAUGUCAAGUGUCUAAGCCAGCCCACAGAAUCAACGGAGCAGGGAUUUUGUAAUCUACCACGCUAUCAUGUGGGAAACAGUGUUCUAGGACUUGGUUAGGGCCAUGCCGAUUUCUUUUAAAACUAAACCAUAAGACUUCAAAGAUUCUUUGUUAAGAAUUGAGAUGGCCUAUUUGACCUUAGGCAAAUCACUUUUCUGGAGAUCAUUUCUUACUUUUCAAAAAGAAAAGUUUAUUAGACUAGAUGCCCUUCCGUCUCUGACAGUCAUUGGUUCAUUUAAUAAAAAGCAAAUAAACAUCUCAGUUUUGUUUUUGUUUUUUUAAGUCACUUCAGACAAGACCUUUGAAGCAGGAGCUGGUUGUUCAGAAAGAUUUCUUGUAGCCUGAUAGGGGAAGAAAAAGGGAGGGAGUUCCAAUUGCUUUUUCCCUAAUUAAAUGACAUCAUAUCACUUUUUAAGCAUACAGAAAAUCCAACCUGACUUUGAUCUUUUCUAGCUAAGAAUUUAUUUUUUUUAGGAAUGUAUCUGCAGUCCCAAAACAGAAAUAGAGACAGAUUCUCAGAAUAUUUUAUGAGCUCUGAGAUCCAGAAUGACAUAGGACUUUUCUUUUUUACAUUUUAUUAAAUAGGUAUUUUCCAAAGGUGUCAUAACUGAGACUUAACUUUCGAAUUUAAUAGACAAACGGAAUUGUCAGAGCUUUCCAGCCCUUUCUUAGGAGCUGCAGAAGCAAACUUUGAAGGGAAGACCUCAAACAAGUUUAAAAGCAUAGAAAUAUAUAUUAUAUACAUAGUUAUAUAUUUAAAGAGAGAUAAACCAUAUAUAUAUAAUUACAGUAUUCCCUGCAUAUAUACAAAGUAUAUCAUUUCAAUUGCAAAGGUAGUGUGUUAGAUUUAAUGCAUGAAUGUAAAUAUCCUGAAAUCUGCCUUCUUAACCGUGUGCCACAUGUACAGAGGAAAAUGACUAUUGUUUCUAGAGAAUCUGUAUCAAAGGUAUCCUACGGAGAAACAUAAAAUCAAUGUUGUCAUGUCCUCCAAUAAGCCAUUAAUGUAUAUUUAGUCUCUAAGGAUGCACAAUAAAUAUGCCUUGUAGCAUUUGGAAAUUGUGCGGUACACCACUUCGGGGAGGAGGAGGGAAUCACUAAUUUUUUUUUUCAAUAAAAACGUACUUAUAAGAA